CGACUGAAACGAAAUUUACGAUAUUCUUAAAUUGCCAUAGUUACCGUUGUUUGUAUACAAAACAAUUUAGUUUACUUUUUCUUCAAGCACCGUUUGGGUUUUUUAAUUAAUUCAUUAUAAAAUAUGUUUUCAAAUUUAGACGAUCCAUUGGCAGAUUUAUUGAGUGAUAAUAGCAAUGAUAAUGAUAGCUUUUUCGAUAACCAACCGGGAAAGAAAAAAGCCCAAAAGAAACCUCCAUCUGUUGCCGGUAGAGCGUCCGGAGGUGGAGGAAAAGGUAAAAUGGAAGAUUUAUUUGGGAUCAAGGAGGAAUCUGAGCCACAAUUCAAAGUUCCACCCAUAAGAACUCCCUUGAUAACUGGCUCUGGCAGCAAAAAGGAAGAGAAGCCACCUUUGGCUACAAGUACCCCAAAACCAAAGACUAAACCGAACGAUGAUGUUGAUAUUCUGUCUGAUUUGGGCUUUGAUCCAAAAAAUCCAAAAUCCACUGUAGCGAGCAAGUCGAAUCUCUUCGAUGAUAUACUAAGUUCGAUUGACUCUAAGAAGCCAUCUUCUUCUGGUAAAGCAACUGAGGAGCUGAAUGUCGUGAGAAGGGACGAUGGAGUUGUUUCCACAAGAGGUACAAUAUCCCGUCAAUCAACAGAAACUACAGAUAAUUCAGGAAACGUAGUACAGACUCGACCAAAGACUUCAACGGGAAGGAGAUCAUCGACGGCAUCACCAGCGAAAAACAGUACUUUUGAUUUAUUUUCGCGAGACAAUGAUAGUCUUCGAGUUCCAGCACAGAAAUCUAGGAAGAAAGCCUCCACCGCUGAUUGGCUUGGUUUGGGCAAUGACAAUGAGUCCGAAGAAGAACCUUCAAAUGUUGAAGUUUUAAAAAUUCCAGACAAUUUACCAACUAAGCCAGAAGUCAGGAAAAUUAACGAAGAAGUUGAAACCGAAACACUAAGCGUCCCCGAUUUAGAGCCCGAAGUUAAAAUAGUUCCCCCAGAAGUUACUCCCUUACCACAUCAUCUUAUGACCACAGUAAAUAUGGGAACUCAAAAUGUGGCACAGAUUAUUGACCAGCAAAUGACGCAACUAACUCUUGCUAGUCAAAUGAAAAAUCAAGAAGCCGCUUUAAUGGAAAUGCAAAGACGGCAAUACGAUCUCAUAUCCCGUCAAGAAACCCAAUUCAAUGAGCUUUUGCAAAAACAGCUUUCAAGGCAAAAUCAACUCGAACAAAGUAUAAAAUCACAGCAGGAGCGUAUUAAUGCUCACAUACAACUUUUGUUGAGUCAGCCAAUAAGCGCCAGUUUUGUAGAAAGAGAUCAAAGCGUUCCAACGUCACAAGAUCAAAACGUUGCAAGUUCACAAGAAAAGUCAGAAGCGUUAAUUGAGCUGCAGGCUGAUGUAAGGCGUUUGGAGCUGGAAAAACUACGUUUGGAGGACUUAGUGUCUACAAUCAAUGCCAAUUAUGAAAAGGAAAUCGAAAUAAUUGAGAAAUCUUUCAAAAAACAAAUAUCGGUUCUUGAAGAGCAUCUAGCAUCAGUGGAGACUCGCUUAAAAAACGAAAAUGCUGCUCUGCAUGAGUUCUACUCGGACCAGCUUAAAAAUGUUAAUAUCGAAAAAAUCGAUAUGAAAGCUCGUUUGGAAGGGAAUUUGAAUGAUUUAAGGAAAACUCAUGAAGAAGAAAUUCGAAGAAUCAAGAGCAACCACGAAGAAGACAUGGACGGCUUGAAAGAUGAUCAUAGAAAGAUGAUUGAAACAAUAAGACAAUCCAAACUCUUUGAAUUCGCUGCUGUUCAGGAGAAUGGUUCAUACUUGGAAACUCUUCGAAUGGCAUCAUCUAACCUAGAAUCGGUAACGGGUGAUCUCCAAUCGCUCAAAUCUGAAAUGGAACGUAAAAUAGAUAGCGUUCAUCGGGAAAGGGAGAUGAGGUUGAAUACCCGUGAAAAGAAGGUAGAAGAUUCUGAGAGAAGAAUUCAACAGCUGGAAAGUGCAAACGAAGAGGAAAAGACUCGCCUUAUGGAACUUGUGACAACUCUGGAGAGUCAGCUGAAACAACUUUCUAAGGAUUCGUCUGAAGAAAAUUGGAUUAUGCGCCAAAAAAUGGCUGCUCUGGAAGCCGAAAAAAUCACUUUCGAAAAAGAAAAAACUUUAAUCAGGGAACAAAUGGCUAAGGAUGAAAAGCGAAUCGAGGAGUUGAAAGAGGACCAAUUGCAAGAGAAACAAAGACUAAUGGAGCAAAUUCAUGAAGAACGCGUCCAACUUAACAUUGAGAAGGCCAAAAUAGAAACUGCCAAAAAACUUGAAUCUCACACAAGCAUCGAACAAUCUCGACUUGAAAUUGAAGCUUCAUUAAAAGUUGCCCAAGAUGUCACCCGACAGGCAGAAGCUGAGAGGGAGCGAUUCUUUAAACUUCAACGUCAGUUCGAAGCCCAAAAACGUUCCUUAAUCGAUAAAGAAAACGAAAUUCGUUUUAAAGAACAAGAACUUGAGCAAGAUAUUUUGCAAGCUCGUGCCAGUGAGCGAAGAGCUAAUGAAGCCACUCAGAAAGCUCGAUUAUCUGAACAAAACUUCAACGAAAAAGUCACAUUUCUACAGCAAAAACUCAGGGAACUAAGUGAAAAGGAAUCUCGUCUUUCCCAAGAACGUCUGAAACUUUCCCAGGAACGUAUUGAUCUACAAAAUAUGAGAUCAAAACUUGAGCAAAACAGGUGCAGCUUAUGUCGGAUAGGUGAACGAAAUGGAGAACUUUCACAGGUGUUAAGACCAAGCCUCAGGGGAAUUGAUGGAAUACCGGUGAUUGAUGAUAAUCAAUACUUUAUGGAAAGUUCAAGAAACGGCGCUGAUGUAGAUCGAUUCUUAGACGAAAAUGUUUCAAUUUCACUUGAAAGAUUAAAAAACACUUCAAAUCAUAACUGGGAGGAUCAAGUUGAAGCAAUGAGGCCAAGUAGCAAUGCGGGAGAUCCAUCAGUAAUGGAGUUUGAUUUUUCAAAAUUUCUUCCAACUAAUGAUUACAUGAAAAAUUGAAAAUUUUAAAAUAAUAAUUUAAUUCAAUGUACUGCUAUAAAUUCAAGACAUAUUUUUGUCCUUAGAUAGUUUUAUAAAUAUUUAAGAAUAUUGAGAUAACCUUCUAAAAUUAACUCAAUGUUUUAAUAAAAUGAA